GUAAGCAGGUGGUCUUAGUUAUUCAUUGUCAAUGCUUCUCAUCUGAAUCAGAUGAUUGCCGAUGUACCCUAACCUAUCUCAAAUGAUACGAUUUGUCAAUUAUGUGAAAAUAGCAGAUCGUUAUUCUAAUUAUUUGGAAUCAGUGAAGGUUAUUAGAAAAGAAUGACAGACCGUGUAUGAGUCAUUCGUUUUAUAUUGUUUAUCUUUGUAACGUGAAUCGUAAAUAAGUGCAGAUAUACAGAUUUAUGUUAGUGAAAUGAAGUGAUUUUGUAUGGAUCCUAUAAAAAGAACAAAAAAUUAUGUUACUUGCUGCACAUUCAUAAUACUGCAAAUAUUAAUUGAAGUCUGAGAAACUCUGAAAAAGAUAAUAUCAUCAAGUAUUUAAUUUAUAGAAAUGAUGAUGGAGUUGAGUCAUAGCUUGACCCUCAAUGAGGAUGCCCUUAAUCAAAUCCCAGAGGCCAAACGACCAGUUUUUAUAUUUGAAUGGUUGCGUUUUUUAGACAAGGUUUUAAUAGCUGCACAAAAGAGCGAUAUUAAAGGAUGCCAACAGAAACUGGUAGAGCAAUUAACUAAGCAUAUGCAGGGUGCUCCUGGUCCUCCUACACGUAGACUCAUUGCAAGAUGUCUUGCUACAUUAUUCAGUGUUGGCGAUACAUUUUUGCUUUUUGAUACUGUUAAUAAAUGCAAUGAUAUACUCAGAAAUAAGGAUGACUCUCCAAGUUUUCUCCCAACAAAAUUAGCUGCUAUAUGCUGUGUAGGGUGUAUGUAUGAAAAGUUAGGACGAAUGAUGGGUAGAUCGUAUGAAGAGACUGUCCAAAUUCUGAUAAAAUCUUUGCGCUCUGCAGAAUCACAGACACGAAUAGAAAUUAUGCACACCCUUGAAAAGGUUUGUGCUGGCAUGGGAUCUGCAAUUACUAAUGUUCAUAAAGAAAUAUAUAAAGUUUCUAGACAUUACCUUACAGACAGAGUAAUGGCUGUAAGAUGUGCUGCUGCAAAGUGUUUACUGGAAAUGUUAAAUCAUGCUCCAUUUUUAUACACAACUGAAAUAGAAAGUGUUGCCACACUCUGUUUCCGGGCAUUUGAAGGCUCAAAUUAUGAAGUGAGAUGCGCUGUUGCAAAACUAUUGGGUAGUUUAGUAGCAGUGACUCAACUUUCAACUCCAAAAGGAAAAAAUCCUUCAGUGACACAGAACAAAAAUUAUAAACAAAUUUCCCUUGAUGAGGUAUUGAAUAUUUUAAUGUCCGGUUUUCUAAGGGGUGGAGUAGGUUUUUUAAAAGGUACUGGUGAAAUAAUCAAAGGAAGUUCUAGCAUUAAUAGGGAAGUGCGAGUUGGUGUUACACACGCAUAUGUGGUAUUUGUGCAAAUGUUAGGAGGUUCAUGGCUCGAACGUAAUGUUGGCGCAUUAGUUGCACAUGUACUCGAUCUUGUGACUAAUCCAAAAGCUGCUAGCUCACAUGUCGAUGCUGUAUAUUCUAGAAAAUGUGUCAAUUUUAUACUACACGGUACUAUUGGAAAAUUAUUAGGUGAAGGAGCUCAAGCUGCUGCUUGCAAGGAAAUAGCGCACAUUAUUUUGAAACAAAUGAAUUCUAUUGAUUUUAGUCCAGAAAAUGCUAAAGAUUGUAAUCAGGAAACAUUAUUUAGUCAACAUUUGUUAGUCUGUGCAUUACAAGAAAUGGGGAAUCUAAUCUUAGGACUGGGCACAACAGCUUGCAAUUUGCUGUCUGAUCAGUCAUUAAAUUUAAUUGAUACGAUUAUGGCUGUUCUAAUCCAUCCAUGCCAAGCGGCGAGACUUGCAGCCUCUUGGUGUUUACGUUGUAUUUGUGUAGCUGUUCCUAGUCAAAUAACACCUUUGAUCGAUCGUUGUGUGGAAGGAAUUGAAAAUAUGCGUAGUUCACCAGAGGCAAUAGCUGGUUACAGUAGUGCCCUAGCUGCUGUUCUUGGUAGUGUCCGAUUAUCACCACUUGGAGUUCCUCAUACAAAAGGAAAAAUCAUUUUCAAUACUGCAGAAGAGCUUUUGAGAAGUGCAAGUCAAAAUAGUCGUUUAUCGUUAAAUAGAACUCAUGCUGGAUGGCUUCUAAUUGGAGCUAUAAUGACUCUUGGUACAGCGGUAGUAAAGGGACUAUUGCCUAGAAUGCUAUUAUUGUGGAGAAAUUCUUUUCCCCGUUCGAAUAAAGAACUUGAAAGUGAAAAAGCUAGAGGUGAUGCAUUUACAUGGCAAGUAACUUUAGAAGGCAGAGCUGGUGCUUUAUCAGCGAUGCAUAGCUUCCUAUUGCAUUGUCCAGAACUUUUAAAUGAUGAUAUUACAAGACGUCUUUUGACACCCAUUGAGUCUGCAUUGGCAAUGUUAACGAACUUGUCACCUGUGUUAAAAAAUUAUGGACAACAGUUAAAAGCUCCAGCUGCUAUGGUUCGUUUACGUUUAUAUGAAACAUUAUUGUUGUUGCCAUCUCAAACUUUCGAAGGUUCUUACACCCACCUUCUAAGAAUGUUAGUAUCGGAAUUUACUUUGACUGAAAAUCCCGGAAACACAACAACUUCACUGUUACGUGCUGUUUGUCAUGCUAAUGAUUCUGUGAUUCUUGGCACAUGGUUGCAAGAAACGGAUCAUCGUACAAUAGAAGAUCAACUUCAACCAAAUAGUGCUGCAGGAUCUGGAGCAUUAGAGCACAAUCCAUGUUGUCUUUAUAGACCAGUACCACAAGAUGAAAUAAUUCCUGGUCCUCUACCAUUGGGAGUUGCUGUUAUUGACCUAUCUGUAUCACUGUUUGGACAAAUUUUCCCACGAGUAGCAAAUAAGCAUAGAUUACAGAUGCUGGAUCACUUCAGCGAGUGCAUAAAACAUACAAAGUCUGGUAGACAAGAAGCGAUCCAGAUGAAUGUUUUUACAGCUGUGUUAAGUGGAUUGAAAGGUCUUAAUGAAGCGAAAACCGGAUUUGGCCAAGAAGAUGUAAAAAAGUCUGCUACUAAUUUAAUUAUUAGUGCUUUAGUAAGCAGUAAUUCAAUAUUAAGAUGGGCAGCGGGUGAAGCUGUUGGAAGAAUGGCACAAGUUAUUUCCGAUCCUAAAUUUACAGCGGAAUUGGCGCAAACAAGUUUUGAUCGUCUGAAAUCAGCUCGUGAUGUUGCGAGUAGAACUGGCCAUUCUUUAGCAUUAGGAUGUCUUCAUAAAUAUGUUGGAGGGAUGGGAUCUAGUCAACAUCUCAACACAAGUGUCAGUAUUUUACUUGCACUUGCCCAAGAUAACUCGUCACCUGUGGUGCAAGUAUGGGCGUUACAUGCUCUUGCACUAAUAGCUGACUCUGGUGGACCAAUGUUUCGAGGCUAUGUGGAACCUACGCUAUCUUUAGCAUUAACUCUUCUUCUCAAUGUUCCUCAUUCUUAUAUUGAUGUACAUCAAUGUAUAGGAAAAGUAUUGUCAGCACUUAUUACAACAAUAGGACCAGAAUUACAAGGUAAUACAUCAACAAUUUGUAUGGCUCGUUCGUCAUUUUUGUGUGCUUGUGCUAUUAUGCAAGACCAUCAAGAUCCUCUUGUACAAGCAGAAGCUACCGGAUGCCUUCAACAAUUGCAUUUAUUUGCCCCGAGACAUGUUAACUUGUCUUCUUUAGUUCCUACACUAUGCCGAACUUUGUCAAGUAAUCACUUAUUGUUACGCAAAGCUGCCAUAUCUUGUCUUCGUCAGUUAGCUCAACGUGAAGCUAAAGAAGUAUGCGAGCAUGCGAUGACGUUAGCUAACGAAAGUCGAGACACUAAUAUGGUAGAAGGUCUUGUAAUAACAGAAACUGGUCUUCCGGGUGUUCUGUUUAGUAUGUUGGACACAGAAACUGAUAGUAAAUUAAUUAAAGACAUCCACGAUACGUUAACUAGUAUGUUACAAAUUCUGGCAGCAGAUAACUUAUCACAAUGGUUAUCUUUAUGCAAAGACGUUCUUACCAUAGCAUCAGAAACAUGCGGCAAUGAAGAAGGAAGUACUGUCAACGUUGAAGAUAGUACUGCAGAUAAUGAUAACGCAGAUGCAGAAGGAGAUGACGAUCAAGCCGAAUUUCAUGCGGAUGAAUCUACGAAACAACGACCAACUGUUACUCCAAGAUGGCCAACAAGAGUUUUCGCAGCUCAGUGUGUUAGAAGGAUUGUAGCUGCUUGUGAGAAUAAUAAACAGGCACACUUUGACUUAGCAUUAGCAAAGGAAAUGCAACUAUCUAAAGGAAAAAGCGACUUCUUAGUGUUACAUCUUUCUGAUUUGGUACGAAUGGCGUUUAUGGCAGCGACUAGUGAUUGUGAUCCUUUACGACUCGAAGGUUUAAAAACUCUUCAAGAGAUUAUAGAUAAGUUUGCAAAAGUUCCUGAACCAGAAUUUCCUGGACACUUGUUACUUGAACAGUUCCAAGCACAAGUUGGAGCUGCAUUAAGACCUGCAUUUUCAGCAGAAACAGCAUCGCAUGUCACAGCUGCAGCUUGCCAAGCUUGCAGUGCCUGGAUCGGAAGUGGAGUGGCUAGAGAUUUGAAUGACCUCCGUAGAGUGCAUCAGCUACUUGUAUCCUCUUUGGAAAAGUUAAGAGAAGGGCAUACACGUCCACAACUUUAUAAUGAAAGUUUGUUAACGCUUGAAAGGUUAGCAAUACUGAAAGCUUGGGCAGAGGUUUAUGUUGUUGCUAUGAUAAGGGAUGGUGCUGCACUAAACAGUAAAGAUACAUUCAAUCAAAAUGCAAACCACGUUAAUGAAGGAAAUGAUGAAGACUUUGGAAAAUUUGAAUUUCAGACUGAAAGUUUAUUGAGUUUAGUACAACCAGAAUUAUUAAGUUUGAGUCAGUAUUGGUUAGCAGCUCUGAGAGACCACGCAUUACUCUCUUUACCACCAGAGUUUUCUAGUCAGUUACCACACGAUGGAGGUGCUUUUUAUACAACAGACACAAUGGACUCUGCUAGACCUCAUUAUGCAGAAUCAUGGGCACCGAUACUUCACGCUGCGACACUCUGGCUGAACGCAAAAGGUUUUGGGUUGGAAGAAACAAACACUGAUGUACAAACUUCAAAUGCUGCAAAUAAUAAUAACAACAACAACAACAAUGAUGUGUCGAUUAAAGCUAAUACCAAUGUUGAACGUUUUCAUUUAUUAUUUGGAAUCUGCAUAGAAGCUCUAUGUAGUCCACGAUCUUCAGAAUCUUCACAGAAUAUAGAAACAUGCUUAAAUGCUUUAUAUACUUUAUUAGACUCUGCAUGGGCUCGUAAAGUAUUGAUUACAGAUCGUUCUUUGCCACUUGAACUCUGUAAUGUUCUUCAUAGGAUGUUAUUAACAAGAGAAAGUUAUAUAAUCCAAAUGAUAGUAAUGGAGGUUUUAAAACAAAUAAUGAAAGCUGCUCAAGAGGAUUUAGUUGAAAAAAAGAAAAACAAAUUAAAAGAAAUUUCACCUGCACAUGAAGAAAGUAAUGAAACUCAAGACGUAGAUUUAUUAGGGGAAGGUGAAGAAAGUGGUGAACUUAUUCCAGGAAAAUCAUUGGUAUUUGCUAUUCUCGAAGUGUGUUUGUGUCUCUUGGUACGUCAAAUACCAGCAUUAAAUCCCAAUCCCGGUGGUACGACUGCCAUUUUAUCUCAGAGAGGAUACAUGCCAUCUGAAGAAAGUGGAAAACUGAUCGCAGCUGCGCUUAGUAUAAUGGAAUCUCUUCCUACACUCUGCUCUCCUCAAGGAGCUAUAGCAAUUUUGCCAACAUUAUUAUACCUAACAACUGGAGUAAUAAGAGAAACUGCAGUACGCAUGGAUAAUGAGUCCAAUAAAACAGGAUCUGACAUACCAGUUCAUGCAGCUUUGCAUUGCAUGAAAAAUCUUAUUACAAAUAAAUAUGCGAAAGAUCAUAGAAGUCAAGAUCAGUGGACAAGUCUUCUGCAGAGUGCUCUGGCUAAAAUCAUUGAUCUCGCUAAAACUGGAACUGAUGAAAUAAAAAUGGAUGAAGUGGCAAUGAUAUUGGGCAUUGCAGUUUUUGUUCUUCAUGCUUUGCCAGAAGUUGUAAGUGCACCGAAUCUACAGUUUCCAUGUAUCAACCAUUUUAGACACGCGUUUCAAUCGGAAAAUACAAUGGUUAAACUGAAAUGCGUUCAAACAUUAAGAACAAUAUUUUUACAUCCAGAACGUACAAUCAGUACGCCUUAUAUUCAUGCAUUAGCUCCUAGAUUAGUGGAGUAUCUGUGUAGCGACAAGAGCAAGCAAGUUACAAAUGAUAUAGAAUUAUCGUUUACAUUGGAAUGUAUUAGCACUGUUGAAGCUCUCAUAGGACUCGCUGAUCUUUCUCACCGAGAUCUUUUACAAGGUAUACAAAUGCUGACUUUACUUGUGCCAAUCUUAAUUAAUUAUUUAUUGGAAGGAGAUCAACUUCAACAUGCUUCUAAAUAUCAGUUAAAUCUUCAUCAACAAAGUUUUCAAUGGUUGAAUAAGAUAGGACCAAAAUAUCCUCAGGAAUUUAAGACAUUAAUGUCACAAUCUACAGAACUGAAAACGAAAUUAGAAAAUGCUGUGAGAUCUUCUCAUCAACAAGCACAAAGGCAUAUUCGAUCUGUAGAUCUCGUGAAGCCGCAAAUUAAGAUCUCUGCACCAUCUAUUAAGCUCAAAACAGAUUUUUCAAAUUUUAAUUGAAACUUUUUGUAAUUCUUUUAACACAUUGUGUACCUGUCUAGAUAUAUAAACCUUUCUUGCUGUCAAUGAUAAUUAUUUAAGAAGGUUUUACAUUUAUAAUUAUCAAGUAUAAUCUGUCAACUAUAAUCAUUUUUAACAACUGUUCAUAUUGUUUUUCUAAUGGUUGUAUAGAAACUAUGAAAACACAUAUAUUGCAUUUCUAUAAUGAAUAAGACGUAAUAAUGUAUAAUUUAUCACACAUUACCGACAUAUACAGUAACUGACAAAACUUUUAUACUUGUUAAUUUUUAUUUAAAAAACUUUAUUGUAUUUAUCUAAAUACAUUUUUUAAGAGACAAGCAUAAGAACAUUCUUAUGUAUGGUAUACAAUGUGUUAACUAUAGUGCUAAUAAUAUUAACAAGUACACAGUAAUGUAUAAUCAUUGUAUUAAUACAUUAAUUGAAUUCCAUCAAUAGUUAUUCUUAGAACAGAUAUGUAAUUGAUUACCACGUAAGGAGCUAUAAAAUUUUAACUGUCAAAAUCUAUACAUCUGGAAAGUUUUAUCAAAUUUUUGUUGGUACUUAUUUGUUAGUAAAUACUAACAUUGUAUUCAACAAAUCAGAAUAAUAUUAAAAUCACAAGGCCGAGUAAUAUUGGUAAAAUUCAUAAUUAUAUUACAAAAGUCAUUUUUUUAUUGGUUGCAUUUAUAUAUUCUUAAAUUAAGCAAAUUUCUUAGUCUUUUAGUCGUUUUUUUAAAAAUUGUAUAGAGAAGUAUUAUAUAAAAUUAAAAAAGUUGUAUAUUAAAAUUGUACAAUUAUAUUUAUAUUUAUUUAAAACUGUAUUCUUAUACAACCUUAUAGAAACCAUCAAAUUAUUUUGUUAAUUUAACUUAUAUUUUUAUUUAUGAAUCAUUAUCUCUAUAAUACUUAUAGAUUGAGUUAACGCUAGAUUAUUG